CCCCGCCCAGAGCCCAGAGGCCCCGGCCCUGGCCCUCAUGAGCACCUUCUCCCAGCCGGGUCCCGGGAGGCGGAUUCCACCUAUGAUGGCCAUCCCCAGGGCGAGGAAACAACCUCAGCCCACUCAGGGUUCCGCCAGAGGGGCUCGGAUAGGACGAGCUGGGUUUGGGGCCCUGGGCUCUCCUGCUCUGGCCUUUGUCCUCGGCGGCGUGGGAGGCGGCAGCACAUCGGGGCAGCUCCGGGUUCUGCAGCACCCGCAGGGCAGGCGGGGGUGGAGGGGCAGCUUGGUGCUAAUCUGUCUCAGGGAGCUGACCCGUAUGUGGAAUCUGUCGGGCAGCCCAGGGCUCGCCAGCUUAAGGACGCACGAUUUCACCGCAGGUCAAUCAUUCCCCAGGCUGCCCCAGGCUCUGGGGCCCGGUGAACAGACGCCUGCUCUCUUCUCACGGACCGACUCAUCUGGAAGCUUCCAUAUGGGCUGUGGGCUGGGCCGACUCUGGACGCCACGUGGCACCGCUACCCUCGCCUCCCCACUCCAUGCCUCCCUGGCCCCCAACAAGGUCCGGGCCCUCACGGGACGGCCCCAGGCCUCCGGCUUCCUCUGGUUGACGGGGCUCCCGCUACGUGGGGCCCGGGUUCCGGCGCUCCAGACUGGGGGCGGGGGGCACAGCGUCGUUUGGCCGGCUGCCCGGCCGGGAACCUCCCUGCGUUCUGCAUGA